UCUUUCAGCAGACUUUAGGAACACUUUAUUUUCUCCUCAUCAGAGCUUCCAUCGACCUGUGGAAUAUCAACAUGCUGCGGCGGUCUGUUGUGUUGCUGCUCUUUGCUUUCUUUGCUGUUUCACUUGCAGCUCCAGUCCAGAAAAAAUCAGAUGAGGGAGGCAGAACAGGUGACCCUGUAACAGCAGAGCCAGCUCCUUCAGUUGAUGCCACUGAGUCACCAGCUGGUUCAGACCUCAGCAGUGAAGGUGAUGCCAUGACUGAGAGUGAUGAAGUUCCUUCAGUUCACGCCACUGAGUCACCAGCUGGUUUAGACCACAGCAGUGAAGGUGAUGGUUUGAAGGACAGCAGUGAAGGUGAUGGUUUGAAGGACAGCAGUGAAGGUGAUGGUUUGAAGGACAGCAGUGAAGGUGAUGGUUUGAAGGACAGCAGUGAAGGUGUUGGCGUGAAGGACAGCGAUGAAGGUGAUGGCAUGAAGGACAGCGAUGAAGAUGCUGCAGGACAGUCUGAAGAUUCUUCAGAGGAGAUAACUGAAACACAAGAGACUGAUGAAUCUGCACAUGAAGACACAGAAGACAGCGCUGCUACCGACACUGACUCUGACAUAGAGACUGAACCAGCAACUAAUGGUGACAAAAAAGAUGGGGGGGAGGCAGAGAGUGAUGAAGGGCAGGAGGUGAAGGGCGGGGGAGAUGAAAUCAGUGAAAGAGAAGACAGUGAGGAGGAGGAGGUGCACAGCACAGAAAAGAAUAGCAAAGAGGAAAGAGUAUCACCAGUUGAAGAAGACCAUGAGAUGAAUGAUAGUGAGCCCAAAGACACGGAGGAGGAGAAAGAUGUUCAGGAGGAGGAGACAGAAGAGGAGAAAGAAGAAGAGGAGAAAAAGAAGGAGAUGAAAGAGGAGGAGGAGGAGGAAGAGGUAGAGGUGGAAAAAGAAGAGAAAGAGAAGGGGGAAAAGGAGGAAUGA